AUGGAGAGGUAUGGUCAUGUCGAUAGGUUUCAGUUCUUAGCCAACCAGGCUGGAAAUACUGACCAUGCCGCGCAACAAGACCUCAAUAGCUACAAGAAGGGCCAAAUGCCAAAUGCGAAAGACCUUGGCCAUUUCCCCCCGACACCGCCAGGGGCACUCAAGAGCAUCACAACCGCGAGUGGAAAGGAGCAUGCUCGGUACCGAAAGCUCCUCGCACCUGCAUUCAGCCCUAAGGCGCUGGAAGAACAACAGCCGAUAAUCAAUAAAUAUGUCGAUCAGCUGAUCCAGGUUCUCUCAGGUGAAAGUGGCAAGAAUCCGGUAGAUAUCUCGUCAUUUCUGCACUGGACACUCUUCGAUAUCAUUGGUGAUUUGACAUUUGGAGAGUCUUUCGGCGGUCUGGAAUUCAAACGAUACGAUCCUUGGAUCCAAUCGGUGUUCUAUUACAUCAAGCUGGGGCGGAUCGCAGGAUACUUGUCCCACCAAUUCUGGAUAGUGCGGAAGAUUUUGCCAUAUAUCAUCCCGCAAAAAAUUCGAGAGAAACAAGCUGCUCAUUAUCAGAGAACAAGCAAAACCCUCAAGACUCGCCUAGACAAGGGAGCGACAGAGCGACCAGAUUUCAUGUCGUUGAUUCUCCGCAAUCAAGGAAAAGACGAUGAGCUCACUUUUCAAGAAAUGGUCCCAAAUGCAAGCUCACUCAUUUUAGCAGGAAGCGAAACGACCAGCACACUCCUUUCUGGGGCGAUAUUUCUCCUCGCUCAGCACCGGGAAGUAUACAAGAAGGCUUCAACGGAACUUCGAGACACAUUCCGCAAGGAUUCUAAUAUCACCUUCAGGGAAGUUGAUAAGCUUCCAUACUUGGAUGCCGUGCUGAAAGAAUCUUUACGCCUUUACCCUCCCAUACCUGCUGGAUUGGACAGGAUCGUGGCAGACCCGGCGGGCAUCACUGUUGCUGGACACUGGCUUCCACAAGGUACCAUGGCAUCAGUCCACCAGCUCGCAGCCAACACGUAUUCAGAAUGCUGGGUUGGUUCAACGUCGUUCAUUCCAGAGAGAUGGCUCGGCGAUCCCAAGUUUGAGCAUGAUGAGAGAGAUAUCCUCCAGCCAUUCAACGUGGGUCCUCGGGAUUGUAUUGGUAGGAAUUUGGCCUACAUCAACAUGCGACUCAUCCUUGCGCGAAUUUUGCAUAAAUUUGACAUCCAGCUUGUCAAUGAGGGUCAGGAUUGGAUUGGAGAACAAAAGAUCUAUUCUGCAUGGGAAAAACUGCCUUUGACAGUUUAUCUGCGCUCUGCGCCGGUAGCAGCAUAG